GCCACACGCCCACACCCCCUCCCCUUCCACCCUACCUCUCUUUCCCCUCCGACGCCACCACGCCCAUCUCCUCCUCGCCACCUCCCGCUUCCUCACGCCCGGCGCGCCAGGUCGGCUCACACAUGUACUAGGUGUUGGACAAAUUUGUGCUUCACAUGGCUGGGGCGCUGCACAGUUCCUGUUUUAUGGCUCCGCUGUUAUGGGUUGUGUUGUUACUGGUCGUCUCACCAGGCAAUGCAUUCUACCUGCCUGGCAGCUACAUGCACACAUACUCCCAAGGUGAGUUGAUAUCUGCCAAGGUGAACUCGCUCACAUCCAUUGAGACGGAGAUGCCUUUCAACUACUAUAGCCUUCCAUACUGCCGCCCCCAGGGUGGCAUCAAGAAGAGUGCCGAGAAUCUGGGUGAGCUUCUGAUGGGUGACCAGAUCGACAACUCGCCCUACCGGUUCCAUGUGAAUGUUAACGAGUCCAUCUUCCUCUGCACCACAAAAGGGCUUAAUGAGAAUGAUGCAAAGCUCCUUAAGCAACGUGCCCGUGAUCUUUACCAGGUCAACAUGAUGCUGGACAAUCUGCCUGUCAUGCGUUUCACUGAGCAGAAUGGUGUCACAGUACAGUGGACUGGCUUCCCUGUUGGUUACUCUCCAGCCGGUAGCUCAGAGGAUUAUAUCAUCAACCAUUUGAAGUUUAAGGUCUUGGUCCAUGAGUAUGAGGGCAACAAUGUGGAAAUCAUUGGCACUGGAGAAGAAGGAUCUGGUGUCAUCUCAGAGAUAGACAAGAAGGGGAUGUCUGGUUAUCAGAUUGUUGGAUUUCAGGUCGUGCCUUGCAGUGUGAAGCGUAAUGCUGAGGAUUUCUCUAAGCUUAACAUGUACGACAGCAUUGACCCAGUGGACUGCCCUGUGGAGCUUAAGAAGGCUCAAGUGAUCAGGCAACAAGAGAGGAUCACAUUCACUUAUGACGUCGAGUUUGUGAAGAGUGAUAUCAAGUGGCCAUCUAGGUGGGAUGCUUAUCUGAAGAUGGAGGCUGGUUCUAAGGUCCACUGGUUCUCUAUAAUGAACUCCCUCAUGGUGAUCUUGUUCUUGGCUGGAAUUGUCUUUGUCAUAUUCCUCAGAACUGUCAGGAGGGACCUGACCAGGUACGAAGAGCUCGACAAAGAGGCACAGGCACAGAUGAAUGAGGAAUUAUCUGGGUGGAAGCUUGUAGUUGGAGAUGUAUUCAGAGAGCCAACUUGCUCCAAGCUGUUAUGCAUAAUGAUCGGUGAUGGGGUUCAGAUUUUGGGCAUGGCAAUCGUAACAAUAGUUUUUGCCACACUUGGGUUCAUGUCUCCAGCCUCAAGAGGAAUGCUUCUUACAGGGAUGAUUGUUCUCUAUCUUUUCCUUGGUAUUGCAGCUGGGUAUGCCAGUGUUCGGUUCUGGAGGACUAUUAAGGGCACAUCUGAAGGUUGGAGAUCAGUGUCCUGGCUGACUGCCUGCUUUUUCCCUGGUGUCAUGUUUACCGUCCUGACAGUCUUAAACUUUGUGUUGUGGAAAAGCGGGAGCACUGGGGCUUUACCUAUCUCACUGUUUUUCACUCUUCUGGCUCUAUGGUUCUGCAUUUCCGUGCCAUUGACUCUUGUUGGUGGCUUUCUCGGUACAAGAGCGGAGCAAAUAGAGUUCCCUGUUAGAACCAAUCAGAUCCCUAGAGAGAUCCCUGCGAGGAAGUGUCCAUCAUGGCUUCUUGUCCUUGGUGCAGGCACGCUGCCAUUUGGAACCCUUUUUAUUGAACUCUUCUUCAUUCUAUCGAGCAUCUGGCUUGGAAGGUUUUACUAUGUGUUUGGCUUCCUGCUGAUUGUCCUGCUGCUGCUUGUCGUUGUCUGCGCUGAGGUUUCCGUUGUCCUAACAUACAUGAAUCUCUGUGUGGAGGACUGGAGGUGGUGGUGGAAGGCUUUCUUCGCCCCAGGUUCUGUUGCUAUCUACGUGUUCCUCUACUCCAUCAACUACUUGGUCUUUGAUCUCAGAAGCCUGAGCGGGCCUGUCUCUGCAAUGCUUUAUGUCGGCUAUUCAUUCCUCAUGGCAUUUGCGAUCAUGCUAGCAACUGGAACCAUUGGCUUUUUGACAUCAUUCGCCUUCGUGCACUACCUCUUCUCAUCAGUAAAGAUUGAUUGAUGGAUUCCACGGACUUCAGAUCCAUACACAAGUGUGCACGCCACGUGUCGUUCACCCUGAGAUGCACAGUUUACCAUUUGAGGUGAAUUUUGACAGCUAGAGAUGUUUUCAGUUUCAAGUAGAUGGAGUGCAGUAUCCCCCAUUUAAUGCAGCAUCCUUUUUUAGUUCCAAUUGUUCUGAGUUGUAACUGCUCCAUUAGAUCUAGAUAUUACAAUCCGGCUUUGUAAGGGUUCGGUGCAAUGAUGAUAUGUUUCGUCCUGUGUGUGUUCCACAAACUGUAAUGGAGUGGAAAUGGAAUGUUUGCUGGCUUGCUGCAUGUUUUGGACAGUUACUGAAAAUUGCUUAGUACUGUAGCUUGUACGCUCUUCUUGAUCGGGUUUCAAUACGAUUGGAGUUCUGAUGGUA